AUGGCAGUGAGGGUAGAUCCACCGGCGUGGACAACUGGGGAAGAUACUCCAUUGCUGAGGGAGCAAACGAGGAGCGAAGAUGGCGACGAUGAGACAUCAUCGACGCUUCGCCAGACCGACGAGGAAGAGCUCAUAGACCCAAAUAAAGCCAACCAGCAAGUUGGAAGGGGAAGAGGGUUAUUGAUAAUCCUGAGUGUAUGGGGAUUAAUCUUCUUGCAAGCAUCGAAUAUGUCGGGGAUUACCACGACCCAAUCGAAGAUUGCUGAGGACUUGGAUGCUUUUGCCUCCGCAAGUUGGUUUACUUCUGCAUAUCUGAUUUCAAUGUCGAGCACGGCACCAUUGGCUGCCCGAUUGGCUCAAAUCUUCUCCCCGAGGAAUUGUAUAUUUAUUGCUUCUUUAUUCUUCUCUCUCGGAGGUAUUGUCACGUCGCAGGCACCAGACCUGAAGGUCUUCCUUUUAGGGAGAGCUAUCAGUGGGAUUGGCGGCGCUGGUAUUAUGACCAUUUCCUUCAUUUUAGUUUUAGAGUUGGCCGGGACAAAGAGGAGAGGGUUGUUCAUUGGACUUGUUAAUACUGGUUUCACAACUGGUGUUUCUUUGGGUGCUAUUGUUGCUGGUGCAUUACUAGAUGUUAAAGGAUGGCGGUUUCUGUUUUGGAUUCAGAGUCCCAUUGCGGUACUCGCUGGGAUUGGUAUUUUCUUCAGUAUCCCCAAAUCUUUCACUUCUGGACAUAAAGGAGAUGAACAGCAAUCAAUAUCCGCGAAACUGGCCAAGAUAGAUUAUCUGGGCGCCAUUACUCUGACAAGCUCACUCUGUCUGUUUCUAUUUGGCCUCUCCUCGGCCAAGAUCCUCUGGCUUCCUAUUGGAAUAUCGCUUUUGAUUCUCGGGGCAUUUAUUUUCACUGAACUUAACAUCGCUGCGGAGCCUAUAAUCCCUAUCACUGUGCUCAAGUCUCGCGGCGCAUUACUUUCCUGCUUCGCCCAACUCGGAAUUAUGGCUGCACGAUGGAUGGUCCUCUUCUACACCCCCACAUACGCCAUCGCAGUCCUUAGUUGGUCCCCCGCCUCCGCAGGAUCCAUUUUAAUCCCUACAAAUCUCGGAUUCGCGAUUGGAGGUGUUCUAGCUGGAUGGCUACAUAUCAAACGGGCUGGAUCUUUCUGGCUUGCAUCCAUAAUAUCCUAUCUCUUCUUCGCUUUAACUCUUCUCCUCCUCUCCCAAAUCUCCACCCAAUCUACACCGCCGCCCCUCUACUUCUUGACCGUCUUCAUCAAUGGCCUCUCCACCGGUGCAGCCCUGAACUACACCCUCGCCCAUCUUCUGCAUCUCACACCCCCAUCAACACACUUCAUCUCCACAUCCCUACUAUCAACCUUCCGUGGCUUCGCCGGCUCCUUUGGUUCAGCCAUCGGAGGUGGCCUCUUUGUGAGGGUACUAAAAGGAUCACUUGAGAGAGGCUUCGAGGAGCAUGGGGGGUUGGAGGGGAGGAUGGAUUUAGUGACAAGGUUGUUGGGAGGUCCUGCUUUAGUGAAAAGUCUGAAGGGGGUCGAGAGGGAGGUUGCUGUGAGAGGCUAUGUUACCGCGCUCAGGACAUUGUUCAUUGCUGGUGUUGGUCUGGCGCUUGUGAUGGCGACCGUGCAGGGGCUUACGGGUUGGAAGAAAGGGGCUGAGGAGACUGGGAAAGUGGCAGUGGAGGACGAGGACGAGGACGAGAGGAACGUUGCAGGGAGUGGGAGAGGGGUGGAGGAUGAGGAGUGGGAGGAGGGGAUGGAGCAAGGUGUUUGA